UUUUAUGUAUAUUUUUGUGAAGCUAUUCAAUAUUUUCCAUUUUGGCAUUUCCAAAUUUGCGAUUUCCGAUUUGCAAAAUUUUGCAUUUCUUUCCGAUUUACAAUUUUUAUAGCUUAUGACUUCCGCUAUUUCCGAUUCUGAAAUGCCCGCUUUAUCGCACGACUCUGCUAUAGCCAUUGCUUGAAUAGAGCGAAUUAUCAAAGUCGUGGACCAUCUAGACAAUACAGCGACCUUAUGCAACAACAUCUCCAACCGGUCAAUUUGACUCCUAGACAAGAUCUCCAAUCUAGACCUUCCAAUAUCAGAACACUUUACGAAGGUAAACAUAAAUAUCUGCGGGAAAGCUUAAUUUUAUUACCUAAAUAUAUCUACGGCCACAUUUUUCUAUCUAGAGUAGUGUUCCUAACUGUAGCCAAACUAAUCAAGAGAAAUCAGGAUUUAACUUAUAAUUUUAUUUAA